GACAUUUCUCGUAUUUUCUUGGACUCUACGCAAUUAGUGCAACACGGGUAAGAAGAACACACGAGCCAGGCGUUCAACCCCAGAACGCCUGCAGCGGACGGAGAGCAGAGGAUACAUCUUCAGCCUUGGAAUGGAUCUUUGAAGACGAAACUGUCUCUUCAUUUGACCGUGGUGUCAGCGACACAUGCACGAAAGUCGAUUUUGACCUGGGAAAGACGAAACUUGGAGUUAUCGUCCUCCAAGCCCGGUCGAGCUCUAAAUUGAGAAAAGAGAGAACUCCAAAAAAAAAAAAAAAAAGAAUUUUUUCUUCUUCCUUUCCUUCUUUUUUCUUUUUUCGUUUUUGCCCUCGUUUGGUCUCGUUCGGGCUCCGCCAGCGUCCGCUUGCGCUCGAGUUACUCAUCUCUGGCACAGGCAUUUCACGAUGCUUGAAGGAUGACGCGAUUGGAUGGAAGCUAUUAUUGCUUGUCGUCUUAAUCUCACCUCUCCUGACAUGUGUCGUGUGGUAAAAAUGGAAGACUGGCGGUAUGGCAGCUUCAAUGUUUGUAUUCCAGUCACCAUCAACAAUUGGAAAAAGAAAAGAGCUCGGGACUCGCAUUAUGCUGAGACUUCAUUCGCCGUUUCGUGAGUUGAGACCUGGAAAUGGUGACGAGAAAGUCAGAUGCGAGGCAACCGCCUAUGCGUGGCUUCAAAAAAUUGCUCAGGUCUUCCAAUUCGUCAUUUUUAUGGCUUUGCAAUGUUCGCUGAGGAAACAUUUAUCUACCUUGAAAAUCGAUCAUGCAUCAAACGAUGGCUUCAGACCUUACGAGUUUGACUGCUAUCAUGGCUCCAUGGUCCAAAUCCUUCUCGAUACAUCCCAUCAAGGUAGGGACUUAAUGAUCGAUAAAAUCGGCGUAUCAGCUCUGCCUAUAUGCUUAUUGAGUUUGCUGAAGAGGCCAAAGGCGAAAUGCGGCUUAUCGCGAAUUCUUUCAAGUGUCGCCCGGAUACGUUUGGCUUAGAUCGGAUUCUUUACCAUUGAUAAUAGUAGGGUUUUAGAGCUCGCAAACUGACAACCUUCGAUUGAGGUUCAGGACUUCGAGAAUCAGGAAAUCCCGACACAUAUAUAUAUUGCGAGAUCGUACAUAUUUUAACUAUCACCGACUAUAUGAUGGACAUGCUGGGCUCUCGUGAGAGCCGCAUUCAACAUUCGCCCAACACGAUCAACAAUACAGUUGACUACUCCUAUCAAGUGGCCGCUCCGGCAACAAUGCGAACGGUUAUGUCAUCAUUCUUUGAUCAAUAAUUCUCGCAGGGGCCGUUCGUCUUUGCAUUUACAGACCUCGAUCAAAGCAAUAUUUUUGUUGAUGGGAGUUGCAAUCUAACCUGUCUUAUUGAUCUUGAAUGGGUUUGCACUCGGCCAAUCCAGAUGAUCAGAAAAACCCCAUGGUUGACGAGCAAAACCGUGGAUGAGAUUGCAGAAGAUGCUGAAGAGUACGGCGAAGUCCACGCAGAAUUUAUGUAUAUAAUGCUUGGUGAAGAGGAGAAAAUGUCGGCCAUUGCUUCACACAGUAGAGUUGCUCAACACAUGGUCUCCUUCUGCACGAUA